AUGAAUGACACUGUCAAAACGGAGGCUGGCGAAGUUAUCGAUUGUUUAGAGAUCUAUGGUGGAUUUGGCACGUCUCCGUUCGUGAACUCCACGGCCACCACAAACACCACUUGUGUAGCUCCCGAUAACGCUCCCGCAACAUGCCAGAAUGGAAACGCCUGUGUCGACGCCCAACAAAUGGACAUCUACAGAGAUCUGAUACUUAGACAUCUUAUCCAGGACAUUAGCACCACUUGCGCCAAAUUAGGUUUGCCAACAGAUGCCCAGAAUUGGACCCAGGAGCAUGGUUCACGUUGGAUUUCGGAGAUGUGCCAACAGUUCAGCCUAACACCACCACGUCAAACGUAUUUGAGUGGCCGUGUACUGCUCAGUAUGACACAGAAGGACUUUGUAGCGCUAGCACCUGAGGGCGGUGACACACUCUACGCUCAACUACAACUAUGGAAAACCGCGUUCGAGUCCUAUCACCAGCAACAACAAACCGGCGGCCAGAGUAACGGCGGUAUUACAGCUGCCGAUAACUCGAUGCCAAAGAACAACUGGAUGACCGCCGGCGGCCAAACGAUGAUCGGCCCUGAGCCGAUUAAGAACAACGUCGCACGACCGGAUUUUGUACAGCAGUAUCAUCCCACCGAUAUUCAUCAGCAGCACUAUUUCAACAACGGUACGAGCUACCGUAAUCAGAAUGAUCGCUGCAAGACCUCCCAUAAACAAACUCCUACUGCAGGCGCGAUCGGAGGCGGAGCACAAGAUAGCCACACCUUUUUCGGUAAUGGUGUCCUUCCCUCGCCAAGUGACAGCGAUAGAAGCAGUAAUGCAAGUAUGCAUGAUAUGGGUGAUGAUGAAUGUAUCGAUUUGCAAAGUAUGCUACAAAUGCAGCAAGAUGGGAUGCGAUUUUGCGGUCAAAUGAACGGAAUGGACAUGAACAAUACCCAAACUCCGCCCACCGAAGAGCAACGCCCAUCACCGUUCCCACGACACUCCGGCACCGUACACCUAUGGCAUUUCAUUCGUGAAUUACUGGAUCAUCCUAACAAACAGUAUGGAUCAUGUGUACGUUGGGUGGAUCGAGAUGAAGGAACCUUUAAAAUCGAGUCCUCCCAUCAUUUGGCGAGAUUCUGGGGACAGCGAAAGAACCGUGCCCAGAUGAAUUACGACAAACUUUCACGGAGCCUUCGACAAUACUACAAAAAAGGAAUCAUCCAAAAGCCAGAAAAGAAGCAACGACUUGUGUACAAAUUUUUACCUCCUUAUAAUCUGUGA